GUAAAUAAAAAUAUGAAAUUUCAAAUAUAGAGUUUCACUGAAGUUUUGAAGUUUUUUUUUUGAGAAUAAAAAACAUCAUAUUUGAAGUUAUUGAGUGUUUUUUGGAGAUGCUCUUGUAUAAUUCUAGUCGACUAGUUUACUUUAUCUUAUUUAUGCUCGUUUAUAACAGAAAGUCACUAUCUUAUACAUAGAACAAUAUCUUCAAAAGAUUCGAUUUCACUGUAUCAAUUCAGACCAACGAUGGGUAGAAGCCAAAGUCAUGACAGCUCACAUUGAGUCGAUGAUGAUGCAUACUCUCAAGAUAAUCACAAAAUAUUUGGUCAAAAUAAUAAACCACAGAAAAAAAAAUGAUAUAUUUAUCUCUUGAAACAAAAGAAAUUGCAUAUAUAAUAUGAUAUAUUUAUCUUAAAACUCAUAUAUAAUUAUCAAACUUACAUCAUUUGAAAUACAAUCAACCACAUCUUCACAACCAAUUUAAUAGACUUUAUCAUAGAGGCCAUGUAUAUUUAGUCGAACAUCAUAGUGGGCCUUAUAUGUUUUACCAAAAGGCCCAAACUUACUUGAUGAUAUCUCAACUGAGCUGUCAAAUCUUUCUAUUUGCGGAUCUUCUGAAUCAAAUCCAAUUUUAAAUUCGAGCUCAAAUUCAAAUCGCUCCCCCCGCUCCAUCCGGUGUAUUUUGCGGCGGGUCGUCCCAGCAACUCCGUUGAAAACCACUGCGAUGAACGGAUUCGAAGAUUGGGAGCUUCGCAACGAGGAAGGCUUCGUUUUCAAGCGAGUGAAGCGAAGCCGUAUCUCCGACUCCGGAGAAGCAUCCAAACCUGUGGAACAGGAGUUGGAUCCGGCGGUGGAGGAGAGAAAUCGAAGGAUGCGGAAGACGAGAACACUGGUGAAGCUCAAAAGAAAGUACCAGAGAGAGAUGGAGCAGUGGGACAUUUUGUCGAACAGCUUUAGUGCUAUGCAAGAGAAGGCUGCUCGAUUUCAAGCGGAGGAGCGGGAAGAGAGGUUAAACGCGAGCGAAACGACGUCGUCUCGAGAUUCAGAGCAUGGCGGAGAAGAAGAUGCUCCAAAGACGGCGUCGUCUAUGCUCGACGAGCUUCUUUCUAUGGCAGAAGCACAAGAAGCGAUCGUCAACGAUGUCUCAAAUCUCUGCGAAGUCGCAGAAAACAUAUGUAGAGUCGAACAUGAAGAAGAGGAGUCGUUGUUUGAUCUUGCCGUUUGGAGCUCACCAAGGAGUCUCAUGGCGUCUCUUUGUGCUGAUUAAAAACCUAACCAUGUAUUCUACUUCUCUUUCGUGGUUCUUCAUCACAGGCUCUGUACAUUCUUGUCUUGUUUUCGAGUUGUAGCAUAUGUCCUGUCUUGUCUUAUAGCUUCAACAAUGUACUUAGUUUUGUUUUCCUCAAAAUGUGAAAAACCACAACAUCUGGAAUAACUUUAAAAUCAA